AUGGGCGCGCUUUUUGUCAUUAAAGAAAUAUACAUCCUUCAUUUAAAUGCAUAUAAUCAAAAUUAUGAGGAAUUCUCUCAACCUGAUGAUUUAAGUUCUUCACAUUCAAAUAAUAAUACACCUCCUUCAUCAUUAUUAAAUGAAAAAAAUGAAACCAACAAAAACAUGGACUUAAUUGAUUUCAAUGAUCCAAAUCAAGUCGAAACCAACAAAAAAAUGGACUUGAUUAACUUCAAUGAUCCAAAUCAAGUUGAAACCAAUGUCAAUAAUUUUUCACCAGUUUUCAACCUACUUGAUUCAAAUGAUAUGCAAAUGGAAACUGCUCAAAAGGUAAUGACACCAAAGAGCAGUUAUCCAAAGGCAGAGAUAGAAAUGGAUAAAAUUUUAAUUAAAAAGUUAUCAUGUUUCGAAGAAUUUGACAAAAUGAAGACUCAUGAUAACAAAUAUAAAUUUUUAAUGGAUUUCGAUGAAAAAACUCCUUGUCCUGAUUGGGCCAAAGCCAAAAAUCUCUCUGAAAGUUUAAAAGCGCAACAAAAAAUAGAUCCAGAGAUGAUUUUUGGCAAGCCUGAAGGUUUAAAUAUUGAAAAAAUAUUUAAUAAAAAUUUAAUUUUUAAUUUUGAAAAUGAUUAUGAAAAUUGGGAGCCAGAUGUAGAAGAUGAUUUUGGAGAUGAUGCAUUAACAGAAGUUGCAAAGAUAUCUUUACCUUCAGGUUCAGGUAGAAAUCAGUAUCCAUGGAAAAGCAGUCCCAAUUAUUGGGUUCAUGCUAGUUGUGAUGGUUAUUAA